AUGGUAGAAAACUUAGACAUCUUCUCUUUGACAGGAGUGAAGCGUAUUGAAAUGAUAGAAGCAACAAUUAAAACCUUUAGGGACCGUCUAGUUAUUAUCGUUGGUCUUAUGAUUAUGGCCUUUCUCUUCAUUUUGUGUUGCUUCGUCCAUUAUAACUGCAUGAACGACGAGCCCCCCAGAAGAAACAUGAGCCAAGGAAGAGAACCCAAUGCAUCCAGAUUAUUACCCCGUGAAUUAAAGACACCCAGUCCAGGCAGUCCCAAAAAGCAACCCAUGCUAUUCUACACAGACAAUUUACCCGAGCCAGCGAGUCCACCAAGGUCAUCCACACCAUCCAGUACUGAGAUGUUCCUCAGGUCAAGUCCAGUGAAGUCUUCCAUACCAUCUAGUGCAGGGAAGCUACACAGGUUGUCACGUCUGGAAAAGUCAUCCAGACCACCAAAAAAAAAGUCCUUAAGGCCACCUACUAUAAAAAAUAUAAGAUAG